AUGGAUGUCAGAAGGAAGAAAACGCAGAUGAGGGCCAUGGGUGAUGCCAUGGGCUAUGCCAUGGUCAGCAAAGAGGGCGAUAGAGACACAAGGGGCAUUGGGCUUGGCGACGCCGGAGGCAAGAAGGGUUGCACUGGAGCUUGCGCAUGCGCUGUCGCUUAUGCUGGUAGGGAGCUAGGGGACAACUCUAGGGAACUAGGCUCCGGGUACAACGUCAAACUCUGCACAAGCUUCUCAACAACGCAAGGGAGUUACUGA